CUAGGGGUGAAACUUAUGUGAGCGCUUCUCUCAGGGCUUCGCGGGAUAUACAUACAUACAACGUUUGAGGCGGAACAAGCUGACAAGGCGUUCUGUCUUGCUGUCAAACCAGACCACGAGUAUGUUUGAGGAGUAUGCUUGCGCUCUGAAUUACUAGGCUACAAUACUCAUUUGGAGUAGGACUGUCACCUCCGUUUAGUCUACAUGCGGUCACAAACAUGUCUUUGGACUAGUGUUUGCUGUAGUUCGCGCUCAUGCCCCUUAAACCCGUGCCAAUGCCGAGGAAUGGAUACUGUCUCUAGCAAAGGUGGAAACAUGGUCGCAAGUGAUGAGGAGCAUUUGGACGGGAGCGAUGGCAGUAAUGCGGGGAUGGACGCGCUUCACCAGUGCAAACUCAUCCAGAACUUGAUCGAGAUCUCCAUCUCUAGUCUGAAGGGGCUCCGGACCAAGUGCGCCGCAUCUAACGACCUGACCCAACACGAGAUACGCGCUUUUGAGGUGAAGCUGGUGAAGUACAUCAGUAAACAGUUGGAGUGGAAGCAGAGUGUUCCAGAGAGUGAGCGACCGCUGAUGCUGGACUCUUACCCACACCUCACAGACUGGCUCCACACCAUCAACCUCCGGACAGAACUCAUAGAGGCAGUCCCUGCGAAGCUGUCCCUGGAUGCUCUGCUGCAAAUGUCCAGUGCCCAGGUGGAAGACACCAUGAAAAGACUGGGCUCUAGCAGUGAGGAGUGUUCCCGCAUCACCGCUGCCCUCUCCUGUCUCAAGAGCGCUACUAACACAGGAGGACUUCUCAGGAAAGAGGGCAUCCCGUGGAUAGCAGAACCCACUCAACGUGACAGUACCUCUGCUGACCCACUGUCUUGUUCUAUGCGUGCACCUCAGUCUUACAGUCCCAACCCAAUCAACUGGCCCCCUUCUUCUGCUUUGCCUGCCCCACGUUCCUGCGUCUCCGUGUCUGCCCUACCCUCAACGGACUUCCCUACAAUUGUCCACACUCACUGUGAUGUGCUGACGGACCCCUUCUCGUCCUCCCCGCAGCUGAACCGCUGCACCUCCCGGCUGCUGUCCACCCCUCCAGCUACCCCACCACCCAAAAAGUCUGGCAAGCUGUGGCCCCCACGAACUCCACCACCCCCCUCCCGCAAGCUGCUAAACCUCCUUCCCAGCAUCACCCUCACACGCAGCAAGAGCCAGAGCCAACUGGCCAACCGGAUAGAUGACCCUACACCCAACAAGAGUGGGAAGAAAAAUAAACCGCUUCUGAACGUGCAGGUAAAUGGUGGAGGAAAUGGCUGGGAAGACUCACCCUCACGGUCACCACUGCUGUCUGCCCGCUCCCCCUGCAUCCUACCAAAUACACCCAGUCACCUGGGAGAUCCUGCGGGUAUAAGAAAUAACGUUGCAACCCACGGAAGCUCUCCGUUGAUCAUGAGGAAGGAUAUCGGUCUGGAUGUCACACACAGGUUUUCCACCAAGUCCUGGUUGUCUCAGACGUGCCAGGUGUGCAAGAAGAACAUGAUGUUCGGUGUUAAAUGCAAACAUUGCAAGGUGAAGUGCCACAACAAAUGUACUAAAGAGGCCCCUAAGUGCAGGAUUUCAUUCGCACAACUUCCAAACAAGAUCAGAAGAACAGAAUCAGUACCAUCAGGUAUCAACAACCAGGUGGAGCGACCGGCAGAGUCGCAGCAGUACGGAACAUUGCCGAAGGCAAUAAACAAAAAGGACCACCCUCCAUCCCUGAGUCACCUGGACUCCAGUAGUAACCCCUCCUCCACAACCUCCUCCACCCCCUCCUCACCUGCCCCGUCCAGUCAGAGCAACCCCCCGAGCGCCACCCCGCCACCCAACCCCUCCCCUAAGGGUCACGUUGACAGUCGCUUUCACUUCCCAGCUGCCUGCUACUUUCAGCAUAGACCACAGUUUGUCUUCCCUGACGUAUCCAGUUCCACGCAUCCAGAUGGCAGUUACAACACUGGAAAGUCACAUGGGUUCAGAAAAACAGAAACAGACCACUUGGACGGUAAUGUUAAGCAGACAUCAACAGGCCAGAGGGAAGCUGUGGAUGAGGAACAGCAAGGGGAUGACGGUCAGGAUCAGGAGGGAUCGGACGAUGAAAGUGAAGGUGAUGAAGUGGAUGACCUGCCCAACUGCAAGGGCUACUGGAAGGACCAUAUAAGCCGUAAGGCCAGCCAGACUAGCGUUGACCUGCGGGAGUGGGAUGUGCCGUUUGAGCAGCUGGAGCUGGGAGAGCUGAUCGGUAAAGGCCGCUGGGGGAAGGUGUGCAGGGGCCGCUGGCACGGAGAGGUGGCCGUUCGACUGUUGGAGAUUGACGGUAACAAUCAGGAGCACCUGAAGCUGUUCAAGAAGGAGGUGAUGAACUACCGGCAAACGCGACACGAGAAUGUCGUGCUGUUCAUGGGGGCCUGCAUGAACCCGCCCCAUCUGGCCAUUAUCACCAGCUUUUGUAAAGGACGGACACUUUACUCUGUUGUCAGGGACUCUAAACUUGACAUCAACAAAAUAAGACAAAUCGCUCAGGAAAUUGUUAAGGGAAUGGGUUACCUUCAUGCAAAGGGAAUUGUGCACAAAGAUUUAAAGUCCAAGAAUGUGUUUUACGAUUCAAACAAAGUAGUAAUCACAGAUUUUGGCCUGUUUGGGAUGUCUGGAGUGGUCCAAGAGGGCAGGCGGGAAAAUGAACUGAAGCUGCCACGUGGGUGGAUCUAUUACCUAGCUCCAGAGAUCGUGCAAAAGAUGGGACCAGGAAACCAAGAAGACUGUUUGCCCUUUUCAAAAGCUGCUGAUGUUUACGCCUUUGGCACCAUCUGGUAUGAACUCCAGGCCAAAGACUGGCCCAUCAUCAACCAACCAACUGAAGUUUUGAUCUAUCAGCUGGGAAGUGGAGAAGGCCUCAGAACGUUACUGGCCCAGAAGGGUACAAGCGUGGGCAAGGAGGUUACGGAGAUCCUGUCCGCCUGCUGGUCCUUUAAAGUUGAGGACAGACCUACAUUCACUCAGCUGACAGACUUACUAGAGAAGCUGCCGAAGCUCAAUCGCCGGCUCUCGCACCCCGGACACUUCUGGAAGUCUGAGGAUGCAUGGCAUCACCACUGUCUGCGCGAGCACUGCAGUCCGGGCCUCCGCUCUCGCUGUCCCUAUGUGUACAAAUACGACCAUUUGUCCACGGCUGCCGUUAAUAUUAGCUUGGCUGCUGCAUUCAAAGAAAGCAACUGAUUCAGAUGUCUGAUUCUAUUCCGUUUAUUUCCUGUGUGAUUUAUUGAUUUCUAUGCUUCUGAUAAACAGAGCGUCUUACAAAUCUUGGCACUGUUCAUCUUUGUGUUGCUUUUCCUUAGCAGUACUUUUAGUCUAUUAAGCUUUUAAACCUUUGUCUGUUCUAAUACUGAGCAAAGCCAUUUUAGCUAAACUUUGUAUAUGGAAAAUAUGCUGAUAGGAUUUCCUCCCUUGUUUUUAUUGAGCUAGCAGACCUUGCCAUGUUUCAAAUUCCCCUUGUGUGCCGUCACAUGAAUGAAAUGUGAUCUCCAUUGCACUUCUGGUAGUCAAGACCUUAUGCUUUUGCAAUCCACAAACCUUCUACUGUAUUCUGUAUUUUUACAGAAGUGACUUCCUUUUUCCACAUUGUUGCCCCAAAUUAAGAUUGAAAUAAAUAAUAUUUUACCGGAUGCUAAUCUGACCUACUGAGCCCUACCAGGACAGUUAAAGAGCCUCAAAAAUUAAGGGUCCUGACGAAUUAUUUGUAAUAUCAUAGAGUAUGAAAGAUAUUUUGACCCAGCAGGAUGGUGUUCAGAAACUUUUCAUGUCUAAUACCUCUCGUGUGUGCGUGUGUGCGCGUGUCAGUCAGAGUGAGUGUGUGAGCGUGUGCAUGCCGAGUUUUGGGUGAUUUUUUUUU